UCAGUUCGCUGUGAAAAUGCAUUUAGUGCACAUAAUCACUGUUUAUAUUAUUCUCAUCAUCAUGGCCGGCAGCUGUUGCUUGGCCAUUGAUUUCUGUCGCAUUGAAUCGUGCCACGGUGUGGGUCAUCUCGGUUGCCAUAACAGUUUGACAUUUCAUCAGAGCUGCCUAUUGCAUCGUCGCAUGGUGAAUAUGCAAUAUUUUCAUGAGUAUCUAAUACGAAUGCAGAAUAAAUACCGUGAGGAUGUGGCCAGUGGUGCAAUUCAGGGUCUAGCGCCAGCUCAACAUAUGCCAGAACUUGUAUGGGAUUCAUAUUUGGCUCUAUUGGCCGAAUACCACGUGAAACGAUGUUUAAAAGAUUUAACGAAUCUCUGCGUGGCCACCACGGACUUUGACCAUCCGGUUUUGAACUAUGCCAUGGACUGGCAGCCCCGUCAAUUCAAAGAGACCUCCAAUGUCCAGCAGAUGACACAAAUGACGGAGCAAUGGUUGCAUCAGGUCUAUGAUAUUCAGCCAAAUGAUCCCAAUGCCGCUCCAACCGAUAUACGUAAUAUAAUCAAUGAUUACGCCUCGUAUCUUGGUUGUGCAGCUGGCCAGGAUUAUGACUUGCGUAGUAGUCGUUUUGUUUUAAUUUGCUAUUAUAAUUCUGGUCCCGAAUGGGAUCACGAGCUAUAUAGGCGUGGCACAUUCAAUGUAACCCAUUGUUCUAAUGGAAAAAGCGAAAGCUAUGGCAAUUUAUGUAAGACAAUACCGUUAAAUAACUAGUUCACAAAAAAAAAAAAACAAACAAACUAUAUUUAUAUAAAUAACAAGUGUAAUUAAAUGCCGCAGCAGCCACUUGAGCAACUAAAA